UCUCAGUUUGGAGUUGUAGCUGAAACGUGCUGGACGUAUAACUACACCAUUUUCGCGCUGGUUACCUACCACGACGGUAUUCGUGUUAGUUGGGUGCAAGGUGCAACUUGCGGAAUACCAUAAUUGAAACGUAAUAUAGCGUAAAGUGAAUGAGUCUAAAGAGGUGAAAAACGAAAUAAGCAAAAGGAAAAAAAGAAGAUUAAGAGUGCCGUUCAGAGGAGAGAUUGCAAAAUAACCACCCUAGGAGAAGAUUGGUUUUCGGUUCAACGUCAGCAGCAGCAGCCAUGGGAACGAAGAUAGAAUAUGUCGACUCGAGCCACAUGUACGCGACCAACUACAUCAGAAACUCAAAGGCGAUCGCAGUGCUGUGGGCAAUCUUUAGCAUUUGCUAUGCAAUCAUCAGUGUUGUCGCUUUUGUCACACCCGAAUGGGUUGGCGAUUCGGACUCGGACGCCGGUGGUCGGCUCGGCCUGUGGCAGAUUUGUCAGAAAGACGACCUUAACGACAGCUGCAGCGGUAAACUCGAAGACCUACUGGCAAUGCAGUCCAUCGCUUUCCAGGUGGCCACGGUGUUUUGCGGUUUGGCCGUCGCUACGUCGGUACUGGCAAUCUGCUGUCUUUUGCUGAUGGCGUUUAUGAAAUCCACCACCGUUUUCCACAUCUGCGGUUGGAUGCAAAUGCUUUCCGCACUCUGUAUGGUGAUCGCUUGCGUUUCGUUCCCCUUCGGCUGGAAUUCUGACGAAUUUAGGAAGAUUUGCGGCCCCGAGUCGAACCGCUUCGAAGUCGGCCUUUGUGGGUUGCGAUGGGCGUAUCCACUGGCAAUCAUUGCUUGCAUCGAUGGAUUUAUCUUAGCAACCCUGUCGUUCAUCCUAGCAACCAGACAUGUUCGGCUGCAACCGGAGCCGCAGUACCAGAGCAGCAUGUACAAAGGUGAAAUCAACAACGCCUACGUUACGGAUGCCGUUAGUAUUGCAGGUUCACGCAAGUCGUUGAACUUGCAACCGGUCCUGCUGGUAGCGCCACCCCAUCACCACAUGAUGACCGGCAACGACACGCUAUCAAGCCGGACGGCCAGCCGUUAUGGUGGCCCACGGCCCGACUAUCACAGCUCGCUGCAUCAGUUUCAACUGUAGUAGGCACAUGACCGCUUCCCCGUUGCUGUGGUAACGAAAGGAUCCAACCGAUCCUUGAUUUUGCUGUAUAGAAAGAGAAAGAAAGAGGGGGUAGAUGUAGACUGUAUAAGCGUUGUGGAAGUGGUGACUUUUCCUCCUGUGGCAGAAAACUCAAACCAGAUUAGGUAAUUUUUCCCACCCACAUGGCCGUUGAAAUCGACGCAAAUUUGAGUUCCCUUUACUCAAAUUCGCAUAAGCGCAGGUCACUCGCUUUGUGGAAAAUCGAGGAAAAUUUACUCAGUCGAUUGAGCUGCGUUUUUAUGAAUUUGAGUAAACGGAACUCAAAUUUGAGUUUGAUUCAACGGCUGUGCACCCGAGAAGCGAGGUACGUCAUAACUUCUGUAACGCAAGCAAUGAACAAAGACGAAACCGAUGUAACGUUUAGCAAAGAAAACAUGUUUUCUAUCGAAGGCACUCGUUAUCAUGGUUACGUCGUGUUACAUUUUAUUGCAUGGCACUAUCUUGCGUGCAACUUUUCAUACCAUGAGGACAGUGCUGGAAGAUGGCAACAAAUUAAUGCAUUUUAAUUUAUUUCUCAUUUUGAAAAAUUGAUCCUACCUUCUGAACAUUUUUUUUUUCGAGGGUAAAAUACUUUUUAAUUGCACGGCAAACACUCAAAAUACUCGUUUCAGAUCGCGCGGAACGAACUGCAUAGUAUUUCUACUCCUAUAAAUUGUUAUCUAGCAUUUUAUUUUAGUGUAGGUAUUUUAGUAAGAAAUAUACGAAAUUUUAAA